CAUACUUCCGGUAUAUUUGUUUUCACGUUUUGCUGUGUCAGUGAGCGUUCAUUAUUUAAUUUCUCGAUUAGAAAUAUUUCCAGUGGUUGAAUUCAUCAUGUUUUUGACAAGAUCAGAAUAUGAUCGUGGUGUCAACACCUUUUCACCAGAGGGACGAUUGUUUCAGGUGGAAUAUGCCAUUGAAGCUAUAAAACUUGGUUCCACUGCCAUUGGAAUUCAAUCAUCAGAAGGAACUGUUUUGGCAGUUGAGAAGAGAGUAACAUCACCCCUUAUAGAACCAUCAAGCAUAGAGAAAAUCAUGGAAGUUGAUUCUCACAUUGGAUGUGCUAUGAGUGGGUUGAUUGCUGACUCCAGAACAUUGAUAGAUCGAGCAAGAGUUGAGGCUCAAAAUCAUUGGUUUACAUACAAUGAGAAAAUGAGUGUUGAAAGUGUAACACAAGCAGUCAGUAAUUUGGCUCUGGCAUUUGGAGAUGAUGAUGCUGAACCAGGAGCAAUGAGUCGACCAUUUGGUGUUGCUCUUUUAUUUGCUGGUAUGGAUGAAAAGGGACCACAACUGUACCACAUGGAUCCGUCUGGUACUUUCAUCCAAUAUGAUGCUAAAGCCAUUGGUUCCGGAUCGGAAGGAGCCCAACAAGCGCUACAAGAAGUGUUUCACAAGUCUAUUACCUUGAAGGAAGCCUGUAAAUCAGCCUUGACCAUUCUGAAACAAGUUAUGGAGGAGAAACUUAAUUCGACAAAUGUGGAAUUGGCGACAGUGACCCCAGAAAGAAACUUUCACAUGUUUACUAAAGAGGAGUUAGAGAAUAUAAUUAAGGACAUUUAGAUGUGACAGAAUGUUUGAAAUUCAUGAACUCAUAUUUCAUUGUUAUCAUUUUCAAUGUGGUGCAAAUAGUUGUUAUUAAAAUGUUAAGUCACUGAUAUCACUUUACAACUCAAUAAACAUCAAUUUUAUUUGCUGUAUAAUUGUUACUGAAAAUCUAUGAUC